UAGGUAACCACGUUGAUUUCGAAGGAAAAUUAUUUCUGUCUGCUAGUUUACCUGUCAAGGUAACCAUCGGUGACGGAUCACGCAAAUCGGAGCAAAUCGCAGUUGAGAAGCUUGUCUGUCAGGAACAUUCAUCAUUUCAUUAGAUCGAUUAAAUUACAAAGAUGGCUCAUUGGUUUCAUCGCAGUACUUUGAAGGCAACCACGAAUCAUAAGUUUGAAGUCAAACUAUCUUCUCCAACGGAUGCUACAAAAAAGCUUUUUAGUGAUUUAAGGCUUUCAAGGAAUCGACUUUUAGAUGUUAUAAGGAAUGCAAAUAAUACCAGUGAUACAAUUGAGCCAGCAUUUACAGCAUAUUUAAGUUUACUCUAUGGACUUAUUUGGGAAAUCCCAACAGAAGACCAGUCACAACAUGUGGGCAGAUCAAAUCCCAGUAAAUUACGUAAUAUUUUUGUGUUUAAAUGGACCCAUACUUUACUUGGAUCUACAACACACUCUAGCGCAGAUUCUGUCUACGAAGCUGCAAACAUGAGUAUCAAUGUAGGCUUGUGGUUUAUGAAACAUGCUGCAAUGAUAGCUGCUAAAGACGACAUUACUAUGAAUGAAGCUAAAGACGUGCACACAAUGUUAAGGCGAGCUGCUGGUAUAUUUACGUUUGUACAAACUGAAUUUUUACCACAACUUGCAAAUCCUCCACCACUAGGCAGUGAUUUAGAUCCACGUAUAAUAAAUGCAUACAUAAAUCAAUGUACUGCUGAAGCACAAGAAGUAACUGUCGCUAGAGCAGUAGAACUUAAGCAUAAUCCAAGUCUCAUAUCAGCUUUAGCAAAUGAGACUAGUAAACUAUUUUUGGAUGCAGCUAAUACUUUGCGUCCUUUCAAACCUGACAUAUCAUCACAGUGGAUCAAAUAUUUAGAACUGAAAGCAGCCUUUUAUCAAUCUUAUGCUUAUAAUUACUGUGGUGAAAAUUUAUUAGCCAUGGAUAAGUGUGGAGAAGCUAUUAAAGCACUGCAAGAAAGUGAAGCUUGUUUGACACGUGCAAAAGCACUCUGUCAAGAGUAUACUAAAACUCAUGGACCUGCACCACGAGUAAAACCAGAUCAACAUACUGUUUUUAAACGCCUGGCUCCAAUAGUGAAAUUAACGUUGGAUAAAUGUAACCGAGAGAAUGGUUUAAUAUAUCAUCACGGUAUUCCUGGUGAAGUACCUACGUUAGAUACAAAAGCAACUUUUGGACUUGUAAGUCCGCUUGAUUUUCAAAUGCCUACUUGCAAUUCAAUAUGGAAUUCUAUGGGAACAUAUAAACAUUUAAUUGGGACCAGAACAGCAAAGGCAGAGCGAGAACAGGAUUUACCACCAGUAAAGGAAGAAAAUAUUCAUCAAAGCAAAAAGGAUCCUAAGAACGAGAGUGGUUGUACAGUCCAAUAAAAUAGUCUUCAAUUUCUCAAUGGUAUGCUUUAAAUUGCUUAAUAACUAAAAGCUUUAUUUGCUUGACUGUGAGUUUUCAUUAGUACUAAAUGUUAUAUUAUUUUUUAAUGAAAUUACUAAAGUUUUACAUUUUAAAUAACAGCUUUUAAUUUUUCCUAAAUUCUGUGAGAAAUUUAGACGUAUAUAUAUAAUAUUGUUUAAUAUAGUAAUAAUUUAAAUUAAAAUCCUUAAAGGAUGAUGUCUCUGCAAAGAUGCAUUUAAAACUUAAUUUUAUAUAAUCUGAUAUAUAUUUUAAACCAAAGUACAAAAGUCUUACAUAACGCUGCUUCUUAUGCGAGGCAUUUUCAGUUUUUAGUAUAAAACUGAAUUAUUUUAUAGCAACAUUGUCUGCUUGUCUAUAUUGUAAAUAUCCAUGUGAAUGACUUCACUAAAGGAUGAUUCAGCAUUGGUUUGAGUGAUGAAAAUCGUUACGUAAAGUAUAUUCGUUAAUUAACAAAUGUACUUAUCUUUAGUAGUGUUUUAUACCUUUAAAAUGCAAUACUUCUUAUAUACUAUUCAGUUCCCAACUGUGCAACUUCACUUGAGUCGCUAUAGCAAUUAUUUCAUAGUUAAUAACCAUUAAAAAGAGAGUGAUCACUACUUUUACUUAAGUAACAAGUAAAAGUACAAGUAAAUCACAUGAAUGAGCAAAUAGUUUGUACAAACUGUAUUGCCUACUGAUAUAUACAUCCAUUUGCUUCGCCAAGUGGUGUCUAGUAUUAUUGCUUUUUAAUGUUCCUUUAUUUUUAUAUAUUACAAUAUAAGUAUUCUUGUAAUUAUUAAAACACAGGUACUCGCUAUCGCUUUUGCACAACAAGUGUCACAUUUAUAAGGUAUUCAAAUUACUUUAUAAGGUAUAUAAAUAUGCGACAUGACAUACCGUUGUGUAAGUAUUACAUUGCGUUUUAAAUUAUAUGAUCGUAACCAUGUAAUCUAAUACCAUUAAUGUUGAACUGCUAUUUUAAUAUAUGCAUGCAAUAUAAUAUUGCGAUACAUUUAUAUUUGUAUUUAUAAAGUGAAUUGUACAUUCAAAAAAUAUAUUUAAUGUUACAUGGCUAUCAAAAUGUGUCAGAAUUUAUUCGACUAAGGACUUACAGAUAAGCAGAAUUGAGUUCAAAGUAAAUAAAAAUUCUUAAAUGAUAAUUGCGCCC